UGCAGUUCACCUCAACACUCCCGCAGCACAACCACGGAGAAACCUUGGGCAUGCGAAUUUCGGCUUCGUGGCCCCACGCUCGAGGGGUAAUUAGAAACAAUACCGUCCGAAAUUUUUCCUCUCCUUUGGGACCUGCGCAGCUAUUUCAAGUGCGCCCGCAAUUACACCCGCUGAUAGCAGGAAGAGCAUUUUCGACACACGGCAGAAAGAGCUGGAGCUUCUUUAAUAAUAUGGCGGGACAGGAUCCAAAGGAAGUCAGAAAGUACUUGCAGCAGAGCCAUGAUCGGAUUUUUGAGAAUAAUCGGAAGUGGGCAAAGGAGCACGUGGAGAAGAAUCCCGAGUUCUUCAACGAGUUGAGUGCAGGUCAGGAACCGGAUUAUCUGUGGAUAGGCUGUUCGGACUCCCGCAUCCCCGCCGAAGCCAUCACCGGUCUUGGUCCCGGGGAAAUGUUCAUCCACCGCAACAUCGCCAACCUCGUCUGCAACACCGACCUCAACGUCAUGUCCGUCGUCAACUACGCCGUCCGCCACUUGAAAGUCAAGCACAUCAUCGUAUGCGGACAUUACGGCUGCGGGGGCGUCAAAGCCGCAAUAAGCCCCAAAGACAUGGGUCUUCUCAACCCUUGGUUGCGGAACAUUCGUGACGUGUAUCGCCUGCAUGAAACGGAGUUGGACGCGAUCAAAGAUGAGGAGAAGCGGUAUGAUAGACUGGUGGAGCUGAAUGUGGUGGAGCAGUGUAGGAAUAUCAUCAAGACCGCGGCAGUGCAACAGAGUUACAAGAAGAAUGAGUUUCCGAUUGUGCAUGGCUGGGUGUUCGGGUUUAAGGACGGUUUGUUGAAGGAUCUGGAGAUCGGUUUUGAGGACAUGUUGAAGGGAAUUCAGAAGAUUUAUGAUUUGUCCACGGAGUGAGGGGUGGAGGGAGGCAGUUCUGCACAAAUUUCAUGGGAUAGAUGGAGUCGAAGCGAUUAUGGGGUUUCGAGAUUUGGUGGGGAGCAAGACGCGGAGUUAUCUAGAUAAGGGGUGCAUUCAAUAGAUUUUGGUAGCGAAUAAUGAGCCUGCUGUGUACCGAAAAUAUGUGAUUGGUACGCAGCAGGGGUCAAUUGGG